AUGGCCGACUUUCCAGAUAGCGAGCGCCCAAGCAAAAGAGCACGGCUUGAUAGCUCUACAGCAAGUACUGAGUCACCGCCGAAAGAUGAGUACAGUUGGGACUGGCCCGUCGACCUGAACGAGACAACUCUCGAAACCAUCAGCCCUCCACCACUCUCACGCGACAAAGGCAAGGCAACUCAACAACAAAAACGACAUACGAUCACAGAGUCCUCGCCAUUUCAAUUGACCAGAAUUCGCGACCUCUCAGCCUCAUCCAAUGUCGAUACCGUCACGCUCUCGGACAUUCUUGGCGAUCCCAUGAUCAAAGAGCAAUGGCAGUUCAACUUUCUUCAUGAUAUUGACUUCAUCAUGAGCCAUCUGGAUGAAGAUGUGCGCGAUACGGUAGAAACCAGAAUCAUCCAUGGCUUUCACGACAAAAACAGCCUUUCUCGUAUUCAUCUCGAGGCUACAGCCAACAAGUAUCCUAAUGUUCAGGCUCUGCAUACGUGGAUACCUGCCUACGGAACGCAUCACUCAAAAAUGAUGAUAUUCAUCAGACACGAUGAUACUGCUCAAGUCAUCAUACACACGGCCAACAUGAUCUCUCAGGACUGGACGAACCUCAGUCAAGCAGUGUGGCGGUCACCCCUCCUGUCUUUAUCCACUACAGACAACGAGAUAUCCGAGGCUUCCAUAGGCUCUGGUGCUCGGUUCAAGCAAGAGUUGAUAAACUACCUGGAAGCUUACAAGGACAAGUAUAGAGACCACACUCGACCUUUGAUCAACCAACUCAAGAAGUAUGACUUCUCUUCCGUCAAGGCUGCUCUCGUUGCGAGUGUGCCAGGCAAACAGCAAGUUGGCACGACCACAGUUGCCAGCAAAGUAAGCCUCUGGGGCUGGCCCGGUCUGGAGCGAGUUCUCAAAAAGGUUCCGGCAACCACACUCGCAAGCAAAGCUCAGAUCAAUGUCCAGAUAUCCUCAGUCGGUACAUCAUCCGAGAAGUGGCUGGAAGGUUUCUUUGAUGUUCUCGGAACAACUACUGCUGGACAACAACCAAAGGCCAAGAAACCAUCGACCCGGAUCAUUUUCCCUACAGCUGAUGAGAUCCGACGUUCGUUGGAUGGCUAUCAGUCCGGAAACUCGAUUCACAUGAAGCUGGAUUCGGUGAUGCAGAAAGCACAGCUAAAGUACAUGAAACCUCUUCUGUGCACUUGGUCGGGCGAUUCAAAAGAGGACCAAGAUGGGGUACGCCAAGCAGGUCGUCGUCGUGCAGCGCCACACAUCAAGACAUUCAUCAGGUUCUCCGAUGACAGCUGUACCAGGAUUGACUGGACUCUGGUGACAUCGGCAAACCUGUCGAAGCAGGCAUGGGGAGAAAUGGCAAACAAGCAGGGAGAUGUCAACAUCAAGAGCUUUGAGAUUGGCGUCCUCGUGUGUCCUGAAUGGCUUGCCGAUGAUGGAGAAAAAGCCGCCAUGAUGCCUGCUUUCAAGAAGGACAAGCCGGAUGCAGAUGGUGUUCUGGAAGAAGUGGACAAGAUCAUUGGAGUCAGAAUGCCCUACGACCUGCCACUUACACCCUAUGGUGAGGACGAGGAGCCAUGGUGUGCAGAGAGACAGCACGCGGAGCCCGACUGGAAGGGAGUCGUGUGGGGAAGCUAUAACCCCAGCGUGUGA